AUGUCGCCAAACGAGCAGAUUGCCAGGCGCCGACUUCAUGCCACCACGCGCCAUCUCGCUGCCACCAGUACCGCCGUUGCUGACUAUCCUACUUCUCACGAAAAGAUUGCCAACGUGGUAGACACGCACAACUUCAUUGACAACCAGUUCGUACCCUCCCAAACCUCGCAGUGGAUCGAUCUCCAUGAUCCCGCCACCAAUAACCUCGUUACUCGAGUGCCUCAAUCCACCGAUGCCGAAUUGAAGGCAGCUGUCGCGUCUGCGGAGAAAGCCUUCCCGCAAUGGCGAGCUACUUCAAUCAUAUCCAAGCAGCAAAUCAUUUUCAAGUUGACCCACUUGAUUCGCCAGAAUAUGGAUCGUCUGGCUGCCGCUAUCACCCUUGAACAAGGCAAGACCUUUGCAGAUGCCAAAGGCGACGUCCUCCGUGGUCUGCAAGUCUGCGAGACCGCCUGCGGAAUCACGACCCAAAUGACUGGCGAAGUCAUUGAGGUGGCAAAAGAUAUGGAAACUCGUUCAUACCGUGAACCCUUGGGGGUGGUGGCAGCCAUCUGCCCCUUCAAUUUCCCGGCAAUGAUUCCUCUAUGGAGCAUUCCUGUGGCCACUGUGACGGGCAACUGCUUGAUCCUAAAGCCCAGCGAGCGAGAUCCCGGUGCUGCCAUGAUACUUGCUGAGUUAUGCAAAGAAGCCGGAUUUCCUGACGGCGUGGUCAACAUCGUCCAUGGAGCGGCCAAGACCGUUGACUUUAUCAUCGAUGAACCGGCCAUUAAGGCCAUUUCCUUCGUCGGCUCGAACCGUGCUGGUGAAUAUAUCUACACUCGGGGUUGCGCACAGGGUAAGCGUGUCCAGGCCAACCUGGGCGCGAAGAAUCAUGCUGCGGUGCUUCCGGACUGCAACAAGAAUCAUGCAUUGAACGCCAUUGCCGGCGCUGCCUUUGGCGCUGCAGGACAACGGUGCAUGGCUCUCAGCACUCUUGUGAUGGUUGGCGAGACGAAAGACUGGUUGCCAGAGCUUGCCGAGCGUGCAAAGGCCCUCACUAUCAACGGUGGAUUCGAACCUGAUGCCGAUCUCGGACCUUUGAUUAGCCCGCAGAGCAAGAAGCGCGUGGAAGAUUUGAUCCAGAGUGCGCAAGAUGAAGGUGCAACUAUCUUGCUUGACGGAAGAGGCCAACACCCCGCCAAAUAUCCCAAUGGCAACUGGGUCGGCCCAACUAUCAUUGCCAACGUCAAGCCGCAUAUGAAAUGUUAUACCGAAGAGAUCUUUGGCCCCGUCCUGGUCUGUUUGAAUGUUUCCACGACCGAGGAAGCUAUCGACCUGAUCAACUCCAACCCCUACGGCAACGGCGCGGCCGUCUUUACACGUUCCGGCCCCACCGCCUCACUAUUCCAAAAGGAACUCGAGGCGGGACAAAUUGGAAUCAACGUUCCCAUUCCCGUGCCGCUGCCUAUGUUCAGUUUCACCGGUAACAAAAAGAGUGUGGCUGGAACAGGUCUUGCAAACUUCUAUGGCAAAGAUGGCAUCAGGUUCUAUACCCAGUGGAAGACGGUGACGAGCCUGUGGAGGGCGGAGGAUGCGUUGGCGACGGAGAAGCAGGUUUCUAUGCCGACCCAUUCUUAA